UCCGAAAUCUGAAAUAUGUUCUUCAAUUUCAAAAACUACGUGGGAUCAAUUCAGUCAGUCAUGCAAGAAGCGAAGCGGCUCCACGCCCAUCUCAUCACCUCAGGUCUCCACCAGCAAGAGAACCAUCUCCGCAAGCUCAUCACUCUCUACACCUCCUCCUCCUCCUCCUCUCUCCACCACGCUCGCCUCCUCUUCGAUGCCGUCUACCACCCCUCCACUUACCUCUACAACACCAUGUUCCGGGUCUACGCCGCCAGCCCAACCCCACUUCACGCCUUGCUCCUGCACCGCCACAUGCUCCGCCACGGCCCUCCUCCCGACACCUACACCUUCCCCUUCUUGCUCAAGGCCUGCUCCGCCCUCGCCCACCUGCCCAAAGGCCAGGAACUCCACUGCCAAGCCUUGAAAUUCGGCUUAGGUGGCCAUGUCUUCGUUGAGAAUUCUUUGAUUCACUUGUACGGGUCCAACUCUAGGAUGGACAGCGCCAGGAGGGUAUUUGAUGGGAUGGGUUAUCGAGACAUUGCGAGUUGGACGACUCUACUCGCGUGUUACGCGAAUUCUUGUUCUGUGGAGGCUGCGAGGAAGGUGUUUGAUGAAAUGCCUGAGAGAAGUGUUGUUUCAUAUAGUGCUAUGCUUGCGGCUUAUGUCAGAGGGAAUCGGUUUAGGGAAGCGUUGGAGUUGUUUAGGGAGCUAUUCAGUGUGAAGAUUGAGCCGAGUGAUUCUUGUGUGAUGAGUGUGCUUUGUGCUUGUGCUAAUUUAGGAGCUUUAGAUGUGGGCAGAUGGGUGUAUUCCUUUGUGUGUCACAGUAAGGGGGAUUAUGUCGAUAGUCGAAUUGCUACUGCUUUGAUCGAUAUGUUCUUCAAAUGCGGUAGCAUAGAGCAUGCACUGCUAGUUUUUGAAGGAGCCAAAGAGAAGCAUGUGGGUGAAUGGACAGCAAUGCUAUCAGGACUGGCAAUGCAUGGUCUUGGUGAGCAAUUAAUUGAGGCCUUUGAGAAAAUGGUGGACUCUGGAAUUAAGCCAAAUGAAGUGACAUUUGUAGCACUCCUAUCUGGGUGCUCCCAUUCAGGUCUGGUAAAUGAAGGGUUGUACUACUUUGAUAGAAUGGAGAGCAAUUUUGGGGUUGAGCCCACUGUCGAGCAUUUCGGUUGUGUGGUUGAUCUUCUUGGUCGGGCUGGAUUGAUCGAUCAAGCAAUGCAACUUAUCAGUGAGAUGCCCUUUGAGCCUAAUGCUGCCAUUUGGGGUGCUCUUCUUAAUGCUUGUAGAGUCUAUAAGAAUGUUGAGGUCGGUGAGCUUGCUGCCCAGUGGCUGAUUAAGGAUGAGCCAUGGAAUGGGGCUCUUUAUAUGACUUUGUUGAGUUUGUAUCGCGAAGCUGGGAGAUGGGAUGAGGUGGAGAAGGUGAAGCUGAAAAUGAAGGAGGUUGGUUGUAGAAAGGGCCCUGGUUGUAGCUUGAUUGAAGUGGGUGGCAUUUGUUACGAGUUUGUGGUGGGAGACAAAUCACAUCCUUGUGCGGUAGAAAUAUGUUUGAAUCUUAGUAAAGCAAUCAUGGAAUUUAAGGAACAAUAAAUUGAGUGCUUCAAGUUCAAAUCCAGGAUUUGAGAUUCAUAACCUCAAAUUUUUUUUGCUCAUAUUAUGUGAGCCUUCUGAUUGUGAGUUGCUGGGGACAUCAUGGUAAAGAGGACUUUUCGUGUGAAUUUGGUUGAACUUCUCAGAUGGAAUGGCAAAGAAACCAAGUUGACAUGUUGCCUUGAGUGGUAAUGAAAAGAGCCCCAAUAUAAAACCAUCAAAGGAUCCAUGGGAAGUGCUAAGCCCAAACUUACAAGUUGAUGGGUUUAAUGUUUUUCUCAUUCUGGAAGCACAAGAUUAAGAAAAGCUAGAGGAAAACAAAAAAUGUGGAACUGAACCCUGAUUAAGGAUAUCCACCAUCGACAAAGAACAAGGGUGAGCUAGAAAAAAAAAAGGCAGGUUGUUGUUAGAUCCUGUUCUGUUUUCUCUUGGGGCUGAGAAGAGCACGUACUACACGAACUCUUCAGAGCACACACACCGAUUGUUUUGGGUGUAGAAAGGGAAGAGCCAAUUGAACUCGGGGUUUCUCUCCAUCAUGAACUGAUCGUAACCUUGAACACCAGAAGAGCACAUGAAUGGCUUUCCAUGGGAUCAAUCAAGAGUCUAUAAGAAUGUUGAAAUUGGAGAGCUUGCACCUUGGAAGGCAGUCAAACUCAUGGCCUCUUGUUAAAUAAGGACUCAUGGACUACUCUACAACAAGCCCUAAAGUUGAUGAUUUCCAACCUUUUUGUCAUCCCAAAAUCACAACAUAAAGAGAAACCAGAGAAAAACAAACGAUAUGGAACCGAACCACAAAAAAGAACCAAGAUGUUGAUGUGUCCCAUAAUUUGCAACAUGGGUGGGCCGACCAAAUUUCAAAUCUGCCCCAAAUCGAUGCAGCUUUUUUGGGAGAAAAUGGUGGGAAGACAACCAUUUUGGCUCAAAAAGCUUCCACAAAUGGAGACAAUUGGAAGGCAUUUUUGGUUACACAUAUGAAAUUGACUACUGCAAGUCUGCAAUUGAAUCCAUGAUACAGCUCAUUCACAGCUCCCCAAUUGGCUGGCACGUCUUUCAGAUUUCAAAAUAUUGUAUUUCACUUUCCUUUUGUGAAUUCGUGCCCAAACACUCUGAACAAUUAUUAGCUAAAAUAAAUUCCGCUUCAAAGCCC